GAGCCCGCUUGUGAGCGCAGCCGGGCGAGCCGUAAUCCGCCAUGUCUCACAGCACCCUCGCCGUCUGCCUCUUGUGGCUCUUGGCUCUCUCCUCGGCCUGCUACAUCCAGAACUGCCCCAUCGGAGGGAAGCGCUCGGUCCUCGACGUGGAUGUCAGAAAGUGCAUCCCCUGCGGGCCUCGGAAUAAAGGCCACUGCUUUGGCCCUAGCAUCUGCUGUGGAGCCGAGCUGGGAUGCUACUUCGGGACUUCAGAAACCCUGCGCUGCCAGGAAGAGAAUUACCUGCCAACGCCCUGCGAGUCCGGCAGGAAGCCCUGCGGGCCCAGUGGUGGGACCUGCGCCGCCCCCGGGAUCUGCUGUAACAAUGAGGGCUGCCUGGUGGACUCGGCUUGCGACCAAGAAUCGCUGUUUUCCUAGACCACUCACUCAGCAGGAGGGAUGAAGUCACGGGGUUUGCCAUCGCCGCGGUGGCGCAAGACCAAAAGCCAGCCCAAUUGGAUGCCUUCAUCGUGACCGCAUCACGCCCCUGCCGUCAUGUAAACAACGUCCCAGCUAGAAAUAAAACUUGUACCAAAAAAAA